AUGUCCACUGGGUUGGAAAUAAUCUUUCUGAUACUGUCAACAGCAGCAUUCUUAAUUGGAAUGUUGGGGAACGUGUUCAUUGGACUGGUAAACUGCUCUGAAUGGGUCAAGAACCAAAACAUCUCUUUAGCUGACUUCAUCUUUACCUGCUUGGCUAUCUCUAGAGUUAGUCAGUUGUUGGUAUUACUUUUUGAAUCACUUUUAAUGGAACAAUAUUUAGAUUUAUUUUCCAGUCAUAACCUAGCAAAACCUAUUACUUUACUUUGGAGAAUAACUAAUCACUUGACUACCUGGCUUGCUACCUGCCUAAGCAUUUUCUACCUCCUUAAGAUAGCUCACUUCUCCCACUCUCUUUUCCUCUGGCUGAAGUGGAGAAUGAACAGAGUGAUUCUUGCAAUUUUUGUAUUUUCUUUUAUCUUUCUGGCUUUUGACUUUCUAUUGUUAGAAAGCUUUAAUGACAUAUUCUUGAAUAGCUAUAUACACGAUAAUAAUCUGACUUUGUAUAUAGAAGAAAGUAAGACUCUCUAUUUUGAAACCCUGAUUCUUCUUAGCUUGACUUGUUUGUUUCCUAUUGCUCUAUCCCUGACCUCAAUGGUCCUUUUAUUUCUGUCUCUGGUAAGACAUAUCAGAAAUUUGCAGCUCAACUCCAUGGGCUCCAGGGACUCCAGCACAGAGGCCCAUAAAAGGGCCAUAAAAAUGGUGAUGUCUUUCCUCUUCCUCUUCAUACUUCAUUUUUUUUCCACACAAGUGGUAAAUUGGAUAUUUGUUAUGUUUCCAAAACACAUGGUUGUGAAAUUUAUCUCAUUAUUAGUCUAUGUCUUUCCCUCAAGUCACUCAUUUCUUUUGAUUCUGGGAAACAGCAAGCUAAGACAGACAGCCUUGAAGGUACUGUGGCAUCUCAAAAGCUCCCUGAAGAGAGAAUCUGUUAUACCUUUGCAGACAGAUUUCCCAGAGUCUUUUCAAAGAUAG